GCUUUGCAGGCCUUUGCUGUUCCAACGAAGCUGAAGCUUCGGGGCGGAGCCAAACCGCUGACGCAGGCCGGACAGGGAUGUUCGCAUGGGGGUUUGAAGGCAUCACGCUCCAGGACCGCUAGCAGACUGGCCCGCCGCUUCUGCUCCAUCUGUUCCAUAUUAGGCGCCGUGUCUAUGCCUUGAGUAGCUCCUCCCUCCCCGACUUCCUUCCUCGCGCACCGCACUCAAGCAGUCUCCCUCUCGCCGCCUCCUACCUACCCCGCGCCGCCCACAGCCCAACAUGGCUGCGCCCACGCCUCCGCACCCACCCGUCUCCCCCGACUCAGGGCCAACCGACCCCAACCUGCCCAAGCUGCCUGCUGGCUGGAUCGCCCAAUGGGACAACUCGAGCCGCAAGUACUACUACGUCCAGAUCAGCACCGGCGUCUCGCAAUGGGACCUGCCCACGACUGAAGCGCCCAUCGGUGGCAGCCACCAGGGCACGCCUGCGCAGAACACAAACCCCUACAACAGGCCCGCCGGCUCAGAGGGGCCCGGCGACGUCGGCGAUGGGAGCCGAGGCAUCGGCGGCGAUGGACAGACCGGCGACCGCUCGCUGGGUGGCUUCGCCAUGAACGCGCUCAUGGGCAACAAGAAGCAGGGCCAGGGCAGCGGCGGGUCGAACAACCUUGUCGGCCAGCUUGCGGGCUCGUUCCUCGGCGGCGGAAAGCAGAACCAUGGCAGCUCUGGCCAGAGCAGCGGUGGCUCUGGUAACCUUGUUGGCCAGCUGGCCGGGUCGCUGCUUGGUGGAGGGAAGAACAGCAGCUCUGGGAGCCACGGCAACCAACAGUCGAGUGGUGGACUCGGCGCGCUGGGCGGUCUGCUCGGUGGUGGCAGCAGUAGCAGCAACAACAACAACCACGGCAGCACUAACCAGAGCCAUGGCAACCAGUCAUCGAGCGGUGGCGGCCUGGGAGGAAUGCUUGGUGGCUUGAUGGGUGGUGGAUCGCAUAACAAACCUUCCAACAACGACUUCGGCUACAGCCACGGCUCAGGUGCCUCCUCUGGCGGAACAUACACUGGCAGCGCACCGCCAACAUCGUACCAGCCCGGUGGCCAGCACGGUAGCGGCCACCAAGGCCAGCAAAAUUACGGCUCGCCCUCGCCCGCACAGCAACAUGGCGGCUAUGGCGGCCAGCAGCAGCACGGCGGUCCCCCCGGUCAGUAUGGAGGAGGACAACAGCACGGCCAACAAGGCCAAGGCCAAGGCCAAUAUGGAUCCCAAGCAGGAUACGGCGGUCAGCCCCAGCAGCACGGACAGCAAGGUCCAGGUGGCUACGGCGCACAAGCUGGGUACGGAGGUCCCGCACCCCAGGGUGGUGCUCAGGGUUACUACGGCGGCCCUCAGAACUACGACAACCAUCAGCACAACCAGUACGGAGGUGCACCGCAAUACGGAGCCCCUCCAAACCAGGGCGGCGGUUACGGUGGCCAGCAAGGCGGUAGCCACGGCGGUCAGCACGGCGGUGGCUACGGCGGUGGCCCACAGCAGCCCGGGUGGUAGCACCAUAACCCGGACACGCUGCUGAAGAACGCUGGGGCGGACAGGAGAUGGUACAGAAUGAGCAGAGUUGGAGAAAUAAGUUAGCUUAUGUGGAGGCACGGAGAAUUGAAAGAGGCUCAGCUGGAGCAAUAGGAUCAGUCGAUCGAUGCGUUUGACAAAAAGACUGACGCUGUGGGAGGAAAAGGGAAGCCAGUCCCAAGAGCAG